GUUUCAUUUUUACGCACGAGCACAUGAGGGCCGCAUCCCUGCUUCAAAUUAGACGGGGAUUGUCGAAGCCGGCCCGGGUGAUUGCCCAAUCAUCUGCUAGUGCUUUGCGCUCCCUCUUGCCGCUGUGAAAGUCCGUCAUUAGUCACGUCCUUAAUCGUCACGCACAUAUGCACUAUAUGCAAGCAAAGAGAUGAAAAGGUGAUUAUAGAAUCCCGCUUUCGCCUGUCUUCCAUCAGCUCGGGAAGCUGCUCUUGUGUUACGACGCAGAUUUUGCCGUGCGUUGCGCAUCCUUGCCGGCGAUCCUGAGGCUCCACCUUCUCAAAUCGUACUCCGCCUCCUGACAUGCGCGUGACCCACUGUGGGGGACGCUUGUGGGUCACGUGUUCAAGCCCAUUUGUGCGGAUUUGCGGGAGACAUGUCUCUGUUGGCUAGAGGUGGGCUUGGAAAGUUGAAAAAUUCGUCCCCUAGAAAAAAAUUGCGAUGAGUGGGAGUUCAGGCCUUCUCUGCUGUGUGCCAGCUUCAAAUCUGCGCUGUGGACUUAACUUCUUGGAGUUGGUUAAUUCCUCGCAAUCUAGGGGAUGGAGUGCUGGGUUGUACCAGGGUUCUGUGUCGCCUAAUUCGCGUCAAUUUCUUGUUGGAAGUGGACACUUUUCCUUGGUAAGACUGGCUAACAAAUACCGACCCGCCGAAGAUGGAGGUGGUGUUCGAGUCUGGGCAUCACAAACAGAUGCGGAAAUGGAAAGGAUUCGUAGCUCAAAAAUGCGUAAUGGCUCUCCUCGACGCCCGCUUGAUUCGUCGAUCCCAGGCCUGGAAGACGAAAACGGGCUGCCAUUAUUGAGAGGAACAUCUCGAAGGGAUCCGAACAUGGAAGUGAAUGGUGGUUACCUUUCAUCAAGUGAUUACUCAGCUAGAGCAGAGGAAAUUUACCAAGAGGAUGACAAUGAAGAUGAUGAAGGGUUGCAAUCCCUGCUCACUACAUGGAGGGGGGCCAAUCGAUUUAUCCUUGCAGGAAUGUUUAUUUUGGGCAUAGGGGCAGGCAUCACUGUGGACACAGUCCUCAAUGUGGAGCCCAACAACGUAGCUUCUCGGGAAGUCAUAGAUCGACAAACUCCAAAUCCAGACGUGUGUAUAGCUAAUGGAAUGAGUGCUAUGGUGCUUGACCAGCGUCUGUUCAUCUCUUUCAACCCGUUCAACGUUUAUGUGUCACAGACAGAGGUGAAGCCCGGCUGUGUCUUGAGGCAAAGCAACUGGAGCGUGUUGGAACAGAGGGGCUUGGUGACCUCCGACGAAGUGCGAGCCUGCAAACGCAACAUGAACACAUUUGGCUUUGUUGGUGACCUCCGUCAAGCCCCAGAGAUUUCAUGUGUGUACCACAGCGAGAGCGCUGAGAACCAGUUCCUGAAGGAUCCGUCCAAGGCUACUCUUGGAGAUGGCUAUCAACCCAAGGACUUCAACGAGUGAAUCCCAUGGCAUGGAUCAACCAAACCAUCCAUGCCGCUCUUCUCGAAGUUGAAACAGGCAGCUACUGCAGCAGUAAGUUGAAAAUAGCAUCUAACUAUCCACCCUUCCUCACAGGGAUGUAUUGUUUUGUACCAUAUUUUUACUCAAUAUUGUAUGCAUUGUAUCGUAUAUGAGCUUUAACACAUGAGCUAGUAAACUUUGCUGCUUGUUGUACCGACAAGUGGAUUUGUGUAACUGUUUGGCCACAGUGGCCAUUUCUGGGCUGCGGCUACUUUUGUGCACAUUUAUUGCAAAGAUUGAAAGAA